UCUGGUCACUUGACGCGGACGUCGCUCCGCUUCACGCUGUGAACUGAAACUUGCUGAUCUCACGUCACUUUAUAAAAACGCUGUAGCGGCGGUCGUUGCUUCAUUUCUCCCGGUAUUCUAAAACGGAGAGCGGCGGACUCGGUUCCACGAUGUCCGGCCACGGCCACGGUCACGGCUGCGGGUGUGAGGGCGAGCACGAGCCCGCGGAGAGGGGUCUGGAGUACGGACUGUACCGGCGGAUCGACCUGGACAAGCUGCAGUGUCUGAACGAGAGCCGGGACGGAGACGGGAGGCUGGUGUUCAAGCCCUGGGACCAGCGGAACGACCGGGAGAAGUUUGUGGAGAGCGAUGCAGAUGAAGAGCUGCUGUUCAACAUCCCUUUCACCGGCAGCGUGAAGCUAAAAGGAAUCAUCAUCUCUGGAGAAGACGACGAAUCUCAUCCUGCUGAGAUCAGACUAUACAAGAACAUCCCUCAGAUGUCGUUUGAUGACACCGGCAGAGAACCUGAGCAGGCCUUCAGACUCAACAGAGACCCUCUGGCUCAGCUGGAGUAUCCGACAAAAAUCGCUCGUUUUUCCAGCGUUCACCAUCUUUCCAUUCACAUCUCCAGGAACUUUGGAGCAGAGAGCACCAGGGUUUAUUACAUCGGCCUCAGAGGAGAAUAUUCAGAGGCUCAUAGACACGAAGUGACGAUCUGCAACUACGAGGCGGCAGCGAACCCUGCAGAUCACAAAGUGGAGAGCAUCAUUCCCCAAACCAACUUCAUCUCCUGAGAGCCGCACCGAGUUAGAAGGAGGAAGAGGAGGAGGAGGAUGAGGAUGAGGAGAGGUUUCACUGGCAUCUGCUGACUGUCGUAAAGAUUCGGCUCAACGCUGCGAACGGCAGGUUGGUCGAAGUCGAGCGAGAAAUCUGAAGAGCCGAGAGCUUCAGAGUGAAGGAAGUGCAGAGCUGUCUCUGUUUAUGUGGCAAUAAAGAGUAAAGGCUGAAUGUGGGCUUCAUAAUAAAUGCAUGAAACAUUUGACACUCAGAUAAAGUCUGCUGCUCUCACUUUAAUCUGUCUAGUAAAGAUUCCAACAUUUCAAAAUAAAGUGACGACUGAUAUUAACUAUCUGAACCCCAACACCAGCUGGUGGGUUGAAGGAAAAAAAGAUCACCCGAAUUCCACCAUUUAUCAGAGCUAAAAAACUAACAACACUAAGAACCUUUGGAUUUCCUGCUUUCUGUCAGUCCUUGAACUACUCACCUGUGAUUUGUGGAAACUUCACCAAAUCCAAGCUUAAAAUCAGGAUGUCUCUUUAUUCUACAUGUCUCCUUAAAAAAUACAGUAAAAAUAAACAGUUUGCUUGAGCCAGAAUUUGUCCAAAACAAAAAAUUCUACUCUCCUCAUUGCAACCAUGAAGCUAUCAGUGACUCUGGUGCGACCUACAGUCACACAACAAAAAUUCUGAUAAUUUUUGACUGAACUGCAGGCCGCAUUUACACAGAACGAAUAGAAAUUAAGUAUGGAAACCAGUUAAAUAUAUGAGUAGUAAAAUAUCUAUAGUAUGUAGAGACACAGAUUUCUUUUCCAGGACUGGUAACACCUGUGGACACACAAAAAUGAUGGAUGUGUUGAUAACAUUUUUUUUAUUUUUUGCAAAAUAAAUAAUCAGUGAAAUCAUUUCUACUUUUUUUUUUUUUUUUUAAACAUUAUAACUGUAUCAUACAGCACGGAAAACAGAGUUCUGUCUCCUUUUUCAUGAUUGUUCUGUUUCCAUAGAGGUGCAGGAUUUUAUAUUGUAGUAAAAAAUGAACCUACAGUGAGUGAAAAUGUGACAGGAGCCAAAUAAGAAGGAACUGUUUGGGGUUCAGAGGGUUAAAAUUAAACAUUAAAGGCUUUGAAUGGAAACCACAUGAUGACAGACGUUGGUUGUUAUUUUACAUCAUGCAUUCUUAAUGAGUGUCACACAAUAAAAACAUUAUUUUGCUUGAGUUACUGCCUCAAUAGGUACAAAAUCCAUCCAUAAAUACAGAUUUGGAGCUGUUGUUGCUACUUCAGAUGCUUAUUUUCUGCCACCCAGUGGAUCAUUCUGUGACUGCGUUCAUCUAUGAGCAGUAACUGGGUUACUCUUUGUUUUUUGUGUUUCUGUUUUUUCAGUCUAUCUCUGUGAUGAGUUAAAUUCCCAACAGCUGCAACCCAGUUAUUAAGGUACAAUAUUUGUAAUCUGACUGGGAGAAAUUUCCAGUGAGGAAAUAAAGCUGCUGUGUUUUAUUUACAGCAGAUAUAAAACAGGCUGUGAGUUCCGUAAUAAAACAUGAAUAUCUCACUACCACUUUGCUUUUUUCCAGAGCUUUUGAGCAAAUACUUCCUGCUAUAAUCUCAUUAGCAGACGCUGCAUCUCUUCCAUAUGUUCCUUUUUCUUCUCUGCAAAGCUGUUACAUCAUUCUUGAUUUCUCUGCAUCACAAAUCCAGUUUAUCAUCAGUGGCUGUGACUCAUUUACAGGGAUGUGCAGCUGAAUGUGGAAGAUGUUUGGAAUGUUUAAAGACCAGCUGAAAUAUAUAUUUUAAAAAAUGAAACUAAUCAAUUUUAUUUUAAAAUGCUCUGAUGUUUUUUGUUCUCUUUAUUGUUGAUCAUCUGGGAGAUAUUUUGCCGUUUUUUUUUCAUUAUUCAGCUUUUAAAGCAUGUACCACUCCAACAUAUUGUGAAAAUAAAGAGAGGCAAAUGACUGGAA